CUCUUAGUGGAGCUAUAUAAGAGGUUUUUGAAAAGAAAGCUCCUCAUUCUCUGUUGUUUUCUAACAAGGGCUUUUUCUCCCACUCAUCCAUGGCUAGAGACAAGAACCUUCUCAGAAGCGAUGAUCUUCUUAAGUAUAUCUUGGAGACAAGUGUAUAUCCAAGGGAGCAUGAACAACUGAAGGAAUUGAGAGAGGCAACAAUGAAAGAUGAAAGGGGAGGAAUGAGUGUGCCUCCAGAAGAAGGGCAACUUUUAUCAAUCAUUUUGAAGUUAAUGGAUGCUAAGAGGACCAUAGAGAUUGGAGUUUUCAGUGGCUAUUCACUGCUCACUACUGCAUUGGCAUUACCAAAGGAUGGGAAGAUAAUUGCGAUCGAUCUAGAUAGAUCAUCCUUUGAAAUAGGUCUCCCUUUUAUUCGGAAAGCAGGAGUGGAAGAAAAGAUCAACUUUAUUGAGUCCGAAGCAAUUCCUAUCCUUAACAAGAUGAUUGAAGAGGUCAAAAAUAAUAAUGAGGAAUUAUAUGAUUUUGCAUUUGUGGACGCUGACAAAACAAACUACGGAGAGUAUCAUGAAAGAUUGAUGAAAUUGGUGAAGAUAGGAGGAGCCAUUAUUUAUGAUAACACACUCUGGUCUGGUACCGUAGCAGAACCUUUAAAUUCUUCAAUCCCAGCGGAGAUUCUUGAGAUAAGGAACUUCAUAGUGAAGUUCAAUGACUUCCUAGCUGGUGAUCCUAGAGUUGAAAUUUCUCAGGUUUGCAUUGGAGAUGGACUCACAAUUUGUAGGCGUAUCAUUUGAAAGAUGAUAAUAUUUUUCUCUUUUAUUUCAAAAUGCAUAGUUUUUAAAAUAAGACUUUUAAAUAUGGAAUAAGUCUCUUUGUUAUCCAUAUUCGUAUUUGUCUAUGCACCUAAGUUAUGUUGAUCAAUUUGCUUUGAUUAAUCAAUUAAGCUCAUGUC